UGGCAAAGGUCGGUAUGCAAGUAAGCAGAGGAAGUAGUACAGACAGGGGUCAGGCAAUCGGUGGUCUAUCUCCAGGUGGUUCUGAACGCUGGAGAGUCGACACAGGUUACAAUGAACAUGAGCAAUGAACACAGGUACAUGAGCAAAGAUCUGGCAAAGGACUAUGACAGCGAUGGUGCCUAAAUGCAGAGACUGAUAACAAAGUAGAUGCAGCUGGUUAGACACGUGACUGAAUAUAAAGCUAGGUAGAACAACAAAGGCAAGAGGUAAAUAGGAAACAGUCAAAAUGAAACUGGAAACUAGACUAAGACAGGGCUAAGACACAGGUUGCGUGAUAGACCUCACCCCCCCUUAAAGGCGAAUUCCCAGGUGCCCAAAACACAGAUCAACGAGCAGGGUACGUGGAAGCAGAACUAGAGGAGGGUCAGCACCAAAAAACACAGCAGGAACAAGGCACAUGAUCAAGCUAAACACAGAAAACAUGACCAGAGCUAGGCAACUAGAAACAAACACAAAGCAAAAUGAGUCAAAGACAAAGUCCAUAACAGUGUCCACAAUGGCACCAUUAGAUUCACGGGACAAGCACAGAGCUCUGGAAGACCGGCGUCUGAACAAGACGCCUCCAGGGGUUUGCAGGAAGUGAUGGCAUCCUCUGGGCAAUAAUCAGCCAGGGAGACCAAAGCAUCUUGGUGGCUGGCGGCAGAGCACAACGACACCAGAAGCUUGCUGAGAUAGACAAUGUCCUACAGGCGAUGGCCCAUUCAGGAGACUGGAGAGUUGAGGUGGCCAGCGACAGAGGCACAGCCACUGUUGUGGAAGAGGGUGGCGUAGCUAGGGAGCUGAGCAAAGCAGAGGCAGGGCUGCAUUCAGGUACCUCCAUGUCAGGCUCAACAGAUGCAGGAACCGAGCAAGGGAGCAGGUCAACAUUAACACCAGCAUCCCGAACCCGGAGCAAAGCACCAACAGACACAAGAGCAGAAGACACCAAAACUGAGGCACCAGGCUGCGGCAGCCGUCAGACGUGGGACUAGACGCAGGGCAGAACCAGGAUCCAGCAAUACAGGGGGGACAAGAACGAGGCAGGUGAGGUCAUCUCUGGACCAACAAGAACCAAGGCGGGCAUGGCCCUCUCUGGACCACCAGGAAUUAUGGCAGGUGUGGUCACCUACAGGCCACCAAGUACUGUAAGACACAGGUUCCGUAACAAAAAUAGGGGUACAAUAAACACCAGGUCUGAUUCUCUGGCUUCCUUUGGUCCUGAUGUUGCCAAGACACCCACUCUACUGAGACACUGACGUGUAUCAAACUAAUUCACACCACGUGACACAGUGAACAGCAUUUCUGCCUCCAUACGAUCAAAGACAAACAAUAUAAAUGUCAGGUCUCAGUCAGCAAACCUCAGUUUAGGGAGCUGAGAACAGGUUUCAGUUUGCUGUGUCAUCCUUAAUAUUUGUUGUUAUUUCUAGGGAAACAGUUAUUGUGAUGAGCCAAGCAGAGAGAUCAGCCUCCAUAAUUAAUACUACGUUUGUUCGUCCUGCAGCUUUUUACAUCAAUGGCUUCAGCAACAUCCCUCAUGCUCAGUAUUACUACGUGUUCCUGUGCUUCGUCUACAUCAUGACUGUUGUUGGGAACGGUUUUCUGAUGUCUGUGAUUUACCUGGUGAAGACUCUUCAUUCUGCUAAAUACAUGAUUGUGUUCAGCCUGGCUUUAACAGAUCUGUGUGGCAGCACUGCUCUCAUCCCUAAAGUCCUGGACACGUUCUUGUUUGACAGGAGAUACAUUGUCUAUGAGGCGUGUUUGAGUUACAUGUUCUUUGUUUUCUUCUUUGCAAGUGUGCAGUCAUUGACUCUUCUUAUUAUGUCUUUUGACAGGUUUGUAGCCAUUUGCCUCCCGUUGAGGUACCACAGUAUUGUGACUAAACCAGCCGUUGCUGUGAUGCUGCUGUUGACAUGGGCAGCUGUAUUAAGCUUGGUAGCGUGCAUGGCUGGACUACUGGACCGACUGUCUUUCUGUGGGUCUUUGGUGAUACAAAGUUUUUACUGUGACCAUGGACCAAUGUAUAGUUUGGGUUGUAAUGAUUUUUCCCCCAAUUACAAUGCUGCAUAUGUCGCUCUAAUCGCAGUCGUUUUUGGGCCUUUUCUACUAAUAGCACUGACCUACGUGUGCAUUGCUGUCGCUCUGAGCAGGAUCGCAUCAGGAGCAGAACGACUCAAAGCUCUAAAAACUUGUACUUCUCACCUGAUUCUUGUUGCUAUUUUUUUUCUACCACUCCUUGCCACAAACUUGGCUGUUAUGACGUCCUACCUUCACCCCAACACCAGGAUCAUCAACUCCACUUUGACACACACUGUACCAGCUCUGCUUAACCCCAUCAUUUACUCUUUAAAGACUGAAGAAGUGAUGAAGUCUAUUCAGAAGCUUUGGAAAAACAACAGACCCAACAAUACAAAUUAAACUAAAAUAUUAACUCAUUGUUGGCUGUGUUGACUUAUCUGACUCUGUUUUAUAAAUGUAAUCCAAUUGAAAGCUUUUAUUUAUUAGAUUUAGGUUUAUAGUGUGAUACCUUGAAAUGUUGUGAAUUGUACUGCUAAAUUAACCAUAUACUAAACUCCCUUUGCAGAAUUUAAAUUGUGGAAUAUUGUAUAGAGUGAAGUGUAAAAGGAUGUUUUGCUGUGGCCACCCCUGAUGGGAAAUGCUAAAAGACAAAGGAGAAGAAGACGUUGUGGAUUAUUGUGACUUAAUCUAGCAACUGUCUGUUUCCUCAGUGUUAAAUUCCACCUCAACAGUCAUGAAGUAAUCUGUGACAGAGCUGAGCAGAAACUUACCAACCAGAUGUAGCAGUAUAAUAACCAGGUUUGAGACAAAUAACAAAUGUUUGUUUUCCAUUGAAUAAAUAACAAUAAACAUCAAGUCUAAUAUUCUGGCUUCCUUUGGUCCUGAUGUUGCUAAGAAACCCACUGUACUGAGACACUGACGUGUAUCAAACUAAUUCACACCACGUGACACAGUGACCAGCAUUUCUGCCUCCAUACGAUCAAAGACAAACAAUAUAAAUGUCAGGUCUCAGUCAGCAAACCUCAGUUUAGGG